AUGAAGUCCUUCCUUGCCAUCUGCCUUGUCGCCCUUCUGGGAACCGCUUUCGGAUUCGCCCCUUCGUCUUCCUUCAUCACCAACCAAAUGAGCGUCAGCCGGGGAUCUUCCAUGCUGUCCAUGAGUGCCGACGAAAAGACCUACAUCAUGAUCAAGCCCGAUGGUGUCCAACGUGGUAUCGUCGGAAACAUCGUCAGCCGAUUCGAACAAAAGGGAUACAAGUUGUGCGCCAUGAAAACCAAGCAAGCCACAAAAGAACUUUUGGAGGAACACUACAAGGACCUUGUUGAAAAGCCAUUCUUCCCCAAGUUGAGAGACUACAUGCUCAGUGGACCCGUUGUCUGCAUGAUCUGGGAAGGAAAGGAAGCUGUCUCCACCGGUCGCAAGAUGCUUGGUGCCACCAACCCAUUGGAAUCUGCCCCUGGAACAAUCCGUGGAGACUUCUGCGUCGAAGUCGGUCGCAACAUCUGCCACGGAUCCGACUCUGUUGAGAACGCCAAAAAGGAGAUCAAGCUCUGGUUCGAGGACGACGAGGUCUUGGACUGGACUUCUCACUCUGUUGACUGGAUUUACGAGUAA